GUCAUCCGUACCGCUUGGCGUCGCUCACGCUUUCUCUUUCUCCCCGCGGCCAGUGGAAAGCAUCAUGCUGAGCUCCAGUGUGAAGUCCACAUGAGGUGAUGCUGCAUGUGUUGCGUCGUCCUCUGCAGAGGACUCUCAUCUCUCAGCGAUGGAAGUACCUACGCUCCCUCUACUCCACCAAACCUCACUCUUCUCAGGGCGAGGAGUCCACAGAGACACGCCUGAACCGCUUGAACAUUCAGAUGCUGUCGCGGAACCUCCAUGAGCAGAUCUUUCGUGGCCUUGAACCAGAGGACAGAGAGGAUGAUGUGGAGCGCAGCAUCAAGCACCUGCAGAAACACCAGCUGUGGGGGAAGGAGACUGCACUGUUACCUGAUGUGGAGCUUAAGCUUCCCCGAAUGUAUGGCAAAAACAUUGACGAGCACUUUCGAAUCUUGGCGGAGAAACAGAGUCUACCCUACCUCGAGGCUGCCACCGAGCUGCACCGGGCUGAGCUCCCUCCAAUGCCACAGGAAUGGAGCUGGGAAGUUGGCUGGACCCGCUAUGGGCCAAAUGGCGAGAGUCAGAGGGUGGAUUUCCCUGUGGAGUCGGCGCUGGUGUUUGAUGUGGAGGUGUGCAUGACUGAAGGAAGAUGUCCAACGCUUGCUGUUGCUGUGUCUCCCACUAACUGGUACUCUUGGUGCAGUAAGCGUCUGAUUGAAGAGCGGUACACCUGGUCAAACCAGCUGACCCUAGCUGACCUUAUACCCCUGGAGACACCUUUAAACUCUGCCCGUCCGCCUGGGGGUCAGUGGAAGAAGAGGCUCAUAGUUGGCCAUAACGUCAGCUUUGACCGUUCUUACAUCAAAGAGCAAUACUUACUCAAAGGUUCUAAGGUUCGCUUCAUGGACACCAUGAGCCUUCACAUGGCCAUCUCUGGUCUUACCGGGUUUCAGCGUGUACUGUGGAUGGCCAACAAACUGGGAAAAAGGAAGGGUCUUCAGGAGGUGAAGCAGCACAUCAGGAAAGCUGGGCAGAAAAGGGAAGGCCCAAUGAUAGGCUCCUGGGACUGGGUGAAUAUUAGUAGUAUCAAUAACCUGGCUGAUGUCCAUGCGCUGUAUGUGGGAGGACCGCCGCUGCAGAAAGAGGCCAGAGAGACCUUUGUCAAGGGGAGCAUGGUGGAUGUCAGGAACAACUUUCAGGAGUUGAUGCAGUACUGCGCCCUGGAUGUUGAAGCCACACAUCAGGUCUUUACAGAACAGCUACCGCUCUUCUUGGAGAGGUGCCCUCAUCCUGUGACGUUUGCUGGAAUGCUGGAGAUGGGGGUGAGUUACCUCCCAGUCAAUCAAAACUGGGGGCGUUACCUGGAAUAUUCGGAGGACACUUAUGAAGAGCUCCAGAGAGAGAUGAAGAAGUCUCUGAUGGCCUUAGCAGAUGAUGCUUGCCAGUUGUUGCAGGAUGAAAGAUUUAAAGAAGACCCCUGGCUUUGGGAUCUUGAGUGGGAUGUUCAGGAGUUUAAGCAGAAGAAAAUAGUUGUGAGCAAGAAGAAAAAAGCUGCUGAAAAAAGAACUGUUACUCCUCUUCCAGACUGGGAAGAAGACCCAGGUCCACCCUCUGAAGAAGAGAUUGCCGGCCCGUGUCCCAGCAGGCUGGCGGUGGAGAAUCUGAAGGAAACUGUGAAUCGACUUCCCAAGAGACGGCAACAUCUGCCUGGACACCCGGGGUGGUAUCGUAAGCUGUGUGAGAAGAUGUCUGAGGACGACAGCUGGUCGCCUGGUGCCAGCCUCAUCAGCCUGCAGAUGAGACUGACGCCUAAACUCAUGGGUUUAACGUGGGAUGGUUUCCCGCUGCAUUACACAGAGAAACAUGGUUGGGGCUACCUGGUACCUGGGCGCAGGGAUAACCUGGAAUCUGAGGAGGAAAACACAGGGCCUGUGUGCCCACACAGAGCUAUCGAGAGUGUUUACAAAGAGUACUGUGAGCAAAACAGUAAAAGGCAGCCGGAAUAUCUGGACUGUGGGCCCUCAGACGACCUCAUGUUUACUGACAGCACAGUGUGGGCAAAGGUGGAGGAGUUUGGCUCCCUGGAAAGUUUGACGGAGGAAAAUGGAGUCAAGAUGAUGAAAAAUGGGGAGAAGAAGAUAAGACCCAAAGAUUCACAUCACGUCCAAAAGGGAGGUCCUUGCCAUUAUCACCAUGGAAACGGACCCUACAGCGAUGUAGAUAUCCCUGGAUGCUGGUUCUUCAAAUUGCCUCAUAAGGAUGGAAAUCACAACAACGUGGGCAGCCCUUUUUCAAAAGACUUCCUGUCCAAGAUGGAGGACGGUACUCUCAGGGCAGGACGGGGUGGAACCAACGCGACGCGAGCUCUGGAGAUAAACAAAAUGAUCUCUUUUUGGAGGAACGCCCAUAAACGUAUAAGCUCUCAGAUGAUGCUGUGGCUCCGAAAGGGAGAGCUUCCUCGUACCGUCAGCAGGCACAAAGAGUUUGAUGAGGAGGGCCAGUAUGGUGCCAUAUUACCUCAGGUCAUCACCGCUGGAACGGUAACAAGAAGGGCUGUGGAGCCAACGUGGCUGACUGCGAGUAAUGCUCGGAAGGAUCGGGUCGGCAGUGAGCUAAAAGCCAUGGUGCAGGUGCCUCCUGGAUAUCACCUGGUGGGAGCCGACGUGGAUUCUCAGGAACUGUGGAUUGCUGCUGUGCUGGGAGAGGCUCACUUUGCUGGCAUGCACGGUUGUACAGCGUUUGGCUGGAUGACCCUUCAGGGGAAGAAGAGUCAGGGCACUGACUUGCACAGCCGCACUGCUGACACUGUGGGCAUCAGCCGAGAGCACGCUAAAGUGUUCAACUACGGACGCAUUUAUGGUGCGGGACAACCCUUCGCUGAGAGGCUACUGAUGCAGUUUAACCACCGGCUCAGUCAGGCAGAAGCUGCUAGCAAGGCCAGGCAGAUGUACGCUUUAACAAAGGGAAUACGCAGAUAUAAUCUCUCAGAGGAGGGCAAGUGGCUGGUUCAUGAGCUGGGUAUAGAGGUGGAGAAUGAGGAAAAUGGAAGUGUCACGUUGGAAGAGUUGCGGAGGAUCACCAGAUUGGCCUCACAGAGCUCUCGGCGCAAGAGGUGGGAAAUGGUGGAAAAACGUCUGUGGGGAGGAGGAACAGAGUCGGACAUGUUCAAUAAACUGGAGAGCAUCGCACAUUCAGCCCAACCAGCCACUCCUGUUCUAGGCUGCAGAAUUAGCAGAGCGCUGGAGCCCAAAGCGGUAAAGGAUGAGUUUAUUACGAGCAGAGUGAACUGGGUGGUGCAGAGCUCUGCGGUGGACUACCUACACCUGAUGCUGGUGGCCAUGAAGUGGCUCUUUGAGGAGCAUGACAUCGACGGCCGCUUCUGCAUCAGCAUACACGACGAGGUGCGGUACCUUGUCUGCAGCGAGGACCGUUACCGAGCUGCGCUGGCACUUCAGAUCACCAACCUGCUCACGAGGAGUAUAUUCUCGCAUGCGUUAGGCAUGCAGGACCUCCCUCAGUCGGUAGCGUUCUUCAGUUCUGUUGAUAUCGACCAGUGUCUGAGGAAGGAGGUGAACAUGGACUGUGUGACCCCUUCCAACCCCACAGGUCUUGAACGAAGAUACGGACUACCACCAGGUGAGGCCCUGGACAUUUACCAAAUCAUCGACAUCACUAAAGGCUCUCUGAACAAAAAGAGAUAGAGCUUUGUGGGCUGAGCUUCUCGUAACAGAACAGUUCAGCAGCGACUUCAAUUCAAGGCCAGCGAGAUUCAUGUGCAUUGAACACUACUGAGGAUGGGGGGGGCCUCACUUUUUUCUCUUCUUCUGUUUGGGUUCUUGUGUCUCCUCUGCUUCCUGUGACUCUGUGGGCUGAAAGGGAAAGAAGACAACACCGGCACAGAGCUCUCAGUCAAGAGAAAACUACUGAAUUGGAGAGUGUUCACAAAUGAAGUGUGAAUGUGUGAGAAAAGAGAGUAUGAGAGAGACUAUGAACCCAACACUAUAAUUUACCUCAUCACUGUCGUGCUGCUCCUGCAGGGCUGCGUCCAGAGUAGCAACGUUGAUGCGGAAAUCUCUUGAGGUACUCAGCUUCAUGUACUGCAUCAGAUUAACCUGACAAGCGUAAAUACACACACACGUUGCUGAAACACAGUAUAUGACCGGCCUGUCUCUGAUGAUUCUAUAAAAAAUUCUGUUAAAAAAGUUUCUUCAUGUUUUUCAAGAAUUACAUUUUAUAAACUGCUUCAAUGUAUCAUGUAUAUAAAUACCUUUGAUUUCUU